ACCAUUCUUAAUCCGCCUUGCUAGUAGAUAAACAAACCUUAAUUCAUUGCUAUCUGUCGCUAAAGUUAGUAAUUUUUCUUGCCUCUGAUAAUAACAAGUUAUCACGUGCUUUGGUGUCUACGCGUGGUUAAUAUGUCUGAAGACUGUUCAAAACUUGAUCGGCUGAAAAGUGACUUCGUUCAUCUGUUCUUACAACAAUCUGAAACAGCUGAUAACGUGUCGAAGUAUGUAUACGAUAAUUUGCUUGAUGAAUCUAUCUUAGAGUGCAUCUUUGAAAUUCACCACAAUGCUAGCCUCGGGAAGUAUUCGCCUGAAAACGAUGAACCCUUGUUAACUGAAUCAACUCCUGACAUGACCGUAACCUCAGCUGCACAGCAUCUGAAAAAAGCUGUGAAAUGUGUAUGUCCCAAUUGUAACCGAGGGCGUAUACUUCCAUCUAAAUUCGCACCCCACCUAGAGUGCUGUAUGGGAAUGAAGCGGAAUAGCUCUCGAAUUGCAAGUCAGCGAAUUGCUAAUACUGGGAAGGAAAGCUCCUACAUUGAAACGAUGAGUGAUGACGAUGAAGAUUGGCAGAUAUGCAGUGAGAAACAGAAAACAUCCAAGAAACUAGACCUGAAGAAGAAGAAGACUAAGAAAGGACCACGUCCCAAAGCUUCUGUUCCCAGCGAUAUUGCUCCUAUCAAUGUUGAAUCAGUGGAUAACCUUGCUACUCUUCUAUCUCUAGAUUCUUCUAGCCGCACUUGGGAUACUGAGACCAACACUUGUAUGUACUUGACAGAUUCUCCUUUGAGUAGGAAGAAAGAGAAGUCAAAAAGUAAGUUGAAAGCCAGCACCCCUUAGGUAAACUUCAAAAUUAUCUUCGAAAUGCAUACGGAUCAUGACGAUACAUUAGCCUAUAGUUAAUUAAAAUCAAUCAUAGAGAAAAUACAGAAGGUGGUACCAAGCGUUGAAAUGUACUUCUCUACGUCACAGCUAUAAAUGAAGCCACCCUUCUGAUCAGGGCCGGAUUUACCUACAGGGCACUAGGGUGCAUGCACAUAGCGGCUAAUUUAGGCACUGGAAAAGUUAAUGAGUGAAAAAAGAAGAAACGUAGACAGAUAGGGAGCGAAGUAAAAAGAUGAGCGGAAAAAUGGAUGGAGGAUGAGAGUUGACGGGAGCGGCAAGCAGGGGUACACAUUGUACUAUGCUUCCACAAUUUCGCACAAUAAGCUUUUCCUCUUCCACAAAAAAAUUGAAAAAAAUUUCCACAAUUUCGUGACCCCUUCCACAGAAAGUGAUGACUUUUUUAUUUAUUUUUUUUUUCUUUUUUCUUUUUUUUGGUGGGGAAUUUGGAACGAGGAGGGUUGUUGACUCGUACCAAACGCAAGUAUUAGUGGUAACGCAAUAACAAUGUAUUUAGAGUUUUAGAUACAAGAUUAGAUGGAAGAAUUGAGAUAUGCAGGGUGUUCUAUAUUCUGUAGAAAAUUGUGGAAACCCUUCUAACUUUGUGAAAGAUUGUGGAAAGCCUUUCCACAAUAAUUCCGUCAAAUUGUGGAGACCGGAAACGGAAACCCUUCCUCAGUAUUCUGGCCACACAUGUGAAAACUCUUCCACAAUGUUUCGGUACAAGAAUAUGAGAUUCGAAGUGAAGAGCGAGAAAAGAAAGAAAGAAAGAAAAAUUUCCACAAAAUUUGGGACGCUUCCACAUUUUCACGCGAUAAUUUAUCGCGUGAUCACGUUCCAUAAAUCGAGAAGGCCUUCCACAAUUUCCCGCGAUAAAUUAUCGCGUGAUCUAGUGUAUUGUGGACCCUUGCGGCAAAGCUGCCUCCCCACUAUGGUCCCAAUUGGCUCGGGAGCGCUCAAAAUUCGAUUUUUCUGAAAUUAGACGACAUUUUUUUUUUUAGUCAAAAUUGGUAAAAAUAGUAUCUAUGGAUCAUAAACAACACCUUGUAUGCUUGAAAAAAUAUUGUAGUCCCUUCAAAAACGUCACAAACUGUGCAAGUAGUCGAAUAUGUAUUUUCUAACCCAUAAAGUGCCUAUCUCUAUCAAAGCAUUUGGAGCCUCUCCUGAAUCAUGAAAUUGUCUCUCAGAGUUCUUCGAUGUACCAUUUUGUAGAGGACUCUAAAAGAAUUGUAGCGCACUAAUUACAAUUUUUCCUGAGGCAUUCUACCCCAGGUAAAAGUUGGAUACCUAUUUUUCAUAAAAAAAUAGGCUAUUUUUCACCAAAAAUGGGAUAUUUUUCAUAAAAAAUAGAGGAGAACCGGGUAAAGAGAGACCGGGGUAAUGGGAGACUUUUGCUCCUGCUGCUGCCUGUUUGAGAUUUAAUUAAUGAAACCAGAAGAAAUGGACUCUUGGUCCAUUUAUACGUUCUUGCACAAAUUCCCGACCGGAUCGGACGAUAACGGACCGCGGGAAGUGCAUGUAAACAGAACCUCUUUUUUGAACUGUGUUUUUAAGUUCGUUCCGUGCCGCAGUUUUCGUGGAUUUUGGAAAGUAAAUUUUACUCCAAAAAGAAAAAAAAUUGUACCAUUUUGUAGCUUAGGAUAUGUACUAUAUGACUAUAUUUUUUGUUUUAUGCCACUUACAAAUUUUCAAGUCUGGCAGGAAAAGUCUCUCUUUAUCCUGGGUCAUACUUUUUCCAGGAUAAGGAGAGACUUGGGAUUUUUUUUCUCCAGGGUAAUGAGAGAUUUUCAGUUUCGAUUCGUUUCACUGGGAAAAACAUAAGUGAAAGACAACAGAAACAAGAUUCAAGGCUUCCAAAUUCAAAGUAAAUAUAUGAGUUCUGCUCCAGAAGUAGAGGGUUCCAAAACUAAUGAAAUUUUAACUAUCUAAUCUCCCUCCCCCACACAUUCAACAAGGUGCCUCUGCACAAUGUUCUAGAUAAAUAUGACCUGGAGACAAGUGUCAAAAUGCCAGCUAAGCAGACAAUUAUUCCUCUAACAUCAGAAUAGAUCAGGAAAAAAUCAAAUUUUAUAACUGGUACCUACCCUGAAACCACUCCACGGGCCAAUUUUAUCAUAAUUUCAAGGCCAAAAUCUUCUCUGAAGCAACUUUUUGAUGUUUAAUUUCAUUAUAUACCAUUUAGAUUAUAUUUAAGCCCUAUUUUUGCUUUUUUCUGUCUCUUUGAUAAAAAUUUGAAAUUUCAAUUUUUGAAUUGAUAUUGUGAACUUCCCAUGGUCAAAUUUCAAAACCCCGUAACUCAUUCAGAUUUGGUCCGAUUGAUCUGAAAUUUGAAAUGGUAAUCAAACUCUAUUAGUAGAACACUCUCAUUGCCCUACCAUAUUUUUCCUAUGCAAUAUAAGAGGGAAUCCAGACCAGGUCUCUCUUUUGUCUGUAAUGGUAAAGAGAGACAUGAAAAAUGCGAAAAAAAAUAAAAAUUAAAAAAAGUACUUUCUUUUGCAGUGAUAGAAAUGAAACUUUGGGUAAUAAGUUCUCAUAAGGUAACGAAUGUACCCUGAUUUUUUCAAUUUUUUUACUCAAACAGGGAGCUCAGAAGUAGGGGGGUAGGUCUCUCUUUACCCUGUCAGUCUCUCAUUACCCGAUUCUCCCCUACCGAUUUUUUCAAAAUACUUUCAUUUUAUAAAAAAGUCACUACAAGUCAGUAGUGGAGACACCUUUAGGUACCUUUUACACAUCCUUGGGAAGCUACAAUAGAAAUAUUUUGUGCUUUGGUUUGCUUUUUCUCGAGAAAUAGAAUUUAUCAAGUCCACUAGUCGGUGGUUAAAAUGAUGCUUUUUGGCAAGGCUAGCAAUUAAUCAAUCCGCAGUAGUCUUAAAAUUUUUCGAGGCAUGUGACACCACCAAUAACGUGCUUAAGUAGCUUCUAUGAAUCCUUAUUAAGGUAACUAAAUGAAAAUUUUUUGGUUCUGCCUGCUUUUUCGACCAAAUUUGAAUUUCAUCUGUGACUACGUGUUUGCCCCAGAAA